AUCGGGGUGGUGUGUCCAUCUGUGCAGACUAUAAAAGUCGCAUGAUCUGCUCAGCUCUCCAUACUCCUAGUUCAUUCUCCCGGCUGCCUUGCUGUUUGCUGACCAGAACACCAAAAGAAGUGCAAAAAUGUCUUCUAAAGAACUGAAGAGCCUUUUUGAAAAAUACGCAGCCAAAGAAGGUGAUCCAAACCAGCUGUCGAAGGAGGAGCUGAGGCUGCUGAUUCAGAAUGAAUUCCCCACUCUACUAAAAGGGCCAAACACCCUAGAGGACCUGUUUAAAGAACUGGACAAGAAUGGGGACGGAGAAGUCAGUUUUGAAGAAUUCCAGGAGUUACUGAAGAAGAUAUCCCAGUGAACGAAAAAGCAAAAAGAUGUCAUUCUGCUCACCAAGAAAAGAGCACCUGGGAGGGGCCCUAUUCUACCUGCAGUCCCCAACAUCUCUGUUUAAGCCUUUCCAAUUAUAAUGAUCUGGCUGUGAUAUCCAAUUAUUGCUAAUAAAGAAAUUCUUGAACAUG